AAAAACGCUGUUAUAAACUUUUAUUACAAACAGCCAGUCACCACAGCUUAUCAGCUACUUGAUCGAUUGACUAGUACUUUUAAGGAUCUAUCACUUUCGAAGUCUACAUUGUAUCGUUGUUCAAAUGAUCUUUGCAUUUUAGGUUUGAAGAAAGUGCAAAUGGAGCUUUUAGAGCGAAGCACUUCAGAGAGAAUUCAGGCGAGAACGAAAUGGGUGGAAGAGAUGAAGAGUAUGGAUAUAGAUUACAUGAACAACUGCGUUUUCAUUGUUGAGGCAGGAUUUAAUGCAAAUCUGAGAAAAGCUUGGGGAUGGGCUCCGAAG